GAAAACUGUAUAAACUAAAAUAUGAUGUUUUCUCAUUUUAGGUACCUCGAGCAAUAUGCAAACCUUGCUGACUUUAUUCCAUUUUCUAUCGUCCAGCACUGAAGAGUACUCUCCAUGUAGAGCUUAUCAACGGAGCAAUCCUCAGAACAUUUCCGAAGCUGGCAUCGAGGCUAAUUUGGAUGUCCAAUUCGCGGGAGGGAUAUCGAUGAGCUACCUCACCUCUGUGCAAUGCAGAUUCCGGGUUACUCAAUCGCCCCAUGGAAUCUGUUCUGAUCGCAGUACCCUGUCAAGCAAAUAUUCUACAGUACAUAUGGUCGCGGCCAAAAUACGAACCGGAGCAUCAGCUAUGAGGAUAACGGGGAUGAGCCCUACGACGUUUUUCUCACUUACCUCCGAAGAAAACGAAGGAUCUUCCUCAAGUGUUGACUACCAGUUAUGGUGAGGAUGAGAAUACAGUUCCAAUCAACUACGCUCGACGUGUGUGCAAGCUUUACGUUGCACUGGGGACGCGGGGUGUUAGCGCACUGCACGCCUCGGGCGAUGGAGGCGUAGGCCGCACGGGGGAAACAGGAGCUUGUUCCACCCCCAAUAGGUUCGUGCCUAUCUUCCCUGGUGGGUGCCCAUAUU